CAAUAUCCUCUAGUAAGAGUCUGCGUCCAAUUGAAAUAAUUUUAAUGGAAAAUUUAUCAAUUUUCAAUUCCCCAAGCAUGGCGAGACUAGUCUUACGUUGUAGCUCCGUGAAAGUUGUUGGCGGUACUUUAAUUUUUUUUUGUGCUUGUUCCUUUUCGGAAAUUGAGGGAUCAGUAACCUCAUCAGCCAAAACCGAAAAACGAUUUUGUGACGACACUCCAGCACUUUUAGCCAUUUUUAACUUGUCUCUAAUGAGCAUCUUUUCCGGGGAAUCCUCCCGGGACCGUUUUAUCCUACUCGCUACUAUUGGCACCAUUAAAGUUCACUUUUUCUUUUUUAAUUGUAAGUUCUAGCAACAAAACGCCUCGAAUAAGAUUAUUUAAUAACACUUGGAAUUUAAAACUCACUUCCGACUUCAAUUCUAAUGUAUUCACACGCACUAUCAGACAUCGAAUGAUUUUGAAGCUUGUUGCAAUCUCCAUUUCUUUGAUUCAUAACUGUAUUCAACGUACGUCAGUUAUUCACCUCGUCAGUUGUAGCCAUCCUCAUCGUAUGGCGUUGCCAUUUUUAUAUCAAACGUCAAAUCAGGGGUGGGCUGCACUGCCAUCUGUUGGAAACGGAAGGUUACGCAUCUUUUUCGUUAAAGUUUAGUACAAACCGACUGGGAACGUUUGCUGCAGAGAGCGAAGAGGGAGAAAACAGUCUUGUUCCUGUUGACAAAUCCCAUAGCCCAGUUCGCGCCGAACAGACUAUCGCCGGUGGUGGAUGUUGUCGAAAAUACCUUAUUUAUCCGGACUUAAAGUGCAUUUAUGGGAUCCUGGGAAUGCAAUGCUAGAAGUGGUUAGUGAAAACUUGGUUGUUGGUUUCAAGUAACAUUGUGGAGAGCGAUUUUCCGUGACUGGGUUUCCCCCACGCUUUGUCUGCGCGCUAAAUUGAAUACAGCUGUUUUCGGUUACGUUGACCAUGUUGCAUGAAACUUGUUCCCAGUUGCAUGCAAGUUGCAGUGGACUAGUUGAUUUUCGCACGAUGGAGUGAAGUGCGCAGUUCGUUAUUUGACGUGUUCAGUUCGUGUUUGUUGUUCGCGGAGGAUAAUAAAAAUUGUGUAAAUCAAAAUGGCGAACUUUGAUUACGAUAAGAAAAUGGCGGAAAUGCGGGACUAUAUCCCGUUCCUUGAAACACUUAUAGCGAAGAUGAAGAGUGAAGGUGACAAACGAUUAGAAUCACAAAUCAAUAAAAUGGAAAUGCUUCACGAGCUGAUAACCAGUGAAAACAAAAAGUUAAAGCCUGAAUCACUUCAAAAAUGUGAAGCCGCCCUCAAAAAUAUAUGCCAAAAAUUUGCUAAUGCCGGCAAAAGCAAAGCGUUACCCACAGAUCGGGUUGGUGAUAGAUUUCUGCACAAUCAGAACGAUAUAUCCUCAGCUACGAAGACUUCGGCUAUUGCAUCUAAAACUGAGCGAACGGGAGGAGAACCAUUGUUUAGACGUCGUUCUCCAAAUCGAGUUCACUCUGAAGAAUAUUAUGAUGAAUUGCGAAGGAAAUAUGAAAAGGCGCCACCAAGAGAGUCUAGCUCCCAAGGUGAGCCACCAGUCCCGGAUUAUCAGUUGCAGUCCCCAGUGAAAGUGAACCAAAAUUUGCCUAUGAGCCUAUCUGCCAAAGUGACACCAAAUCUAUCUAUGAGACCAUCUGCCGAAGCAAAGCCAUACCUACCUAUGAGCUCAUCAGGCGAACUGAGCCCAAAUCUGCCUAUGGUCUCAUUAGCCUCAAAAGGAAGCGCAUCGCCAACCUUAGACGGUUUAAAGUAUGUGCUGAAUGACCCUAAUUUCCAAAGAAUUUAUGCAUCACUUGCUGUUAGUAUGUCAGGCAAUGCACCGAUAUCACCUCUGGAAACUGUUUCUGAAGUUAACCACUAUGAAAAAUUCACUGCCGAACAAAAGUGUGACCAACCCAUUUCUUCAAUAUCGAGGGUAACAUCAUCAAUGGGAAAUGUCGCAAAGGAUCCAAGGAUCUUAACGCGAAUGGAUCCUCGUCUGGCUCUUAAAAUUGAUAAAUCGGAAACCAUGAAAGCACCAGCGGAUCACUUAACUGAACUAAGCCCAAGAGAAGCUGCAUGUGGCGAACCAAAGCCAGCGAUAGCUCAAUUUCCGGUGGAACAAUUUUAUGAUCACGGUCUCCAUAACCAAUGCACCUGGACGACAAAUCAACAAAGUUCUCCUCUUGAACUGCAGUUGGAUCAAAAAGCGCCCGAUCAUGGCAACAGCCCCGCCUAUAAUUCCGACCAGUUUACUAGAAGCUGUCAGCUAUCCAUGUCAAUAAUUCAACCUAUAAUGCAAGUAAAAGUGAAUCCUUUUUUAGGUUCCCCCGUUCUGUAUGGAGCGGUUGGUAAUUUGAUGGAAACACCCAAACCACUGCUGGAGCACAUACAACUUGGCACAAAAGCUAGGAAAAAGAAGAGAAAAGAAAAAAGAAGAAGAGAAAGGAAGAAACGCCUCCUUGAAGACUUAAAAGUGCAGCAUCAGAAAGAACCAAGGUGUAAACUUCUUAAGAGUGAGAAACCGGCAAAACCUGCGAAACCGGAGAAACCCCAACCACCGAGAAUAAGCCUCGCUCAAAUUCUUGCUAGCCGAGGGACUACUGCGAAGGCGCAAGGAGUUUCAACGCAAAAAAGCAACGCUAUAGAGCUGCAGAAAGGUCAGCCUGAAAAUGAACCGAAUUGUGGUCCUCAAGAUGUUACAGUGGAUCCGAAGGCAGUUCCAACACAAGUAGCGAUUAUUUCCGGGCAAAAAGACAAUGCAGCAGAACUGACGAUAGAUCAUCCACGCAGUGAGGCAAACCGUCAAAGUCCUUCGGAUGCUGCUGUUAAACCGGAAAGUGUCCCAGCCCAAACACCGCCUAGCCUCCUUGAUGUUAUGUAUCGAAGCACAAACUACGAAAAAGGCACAAGUUCUAGCACUACAAAGUUUAAAAUUCCGAAAAUUCAGAAGAAGACCGACCAAAAUAGUAAGGGUACCAAGGAAGAUCUUAGUACUCCCAUCGAAACGAAGGAAACUAAAGGAAUGAAGCCAGAUCUUGGCACUACAAGCGGUAGCAAAGCAAAUAUGAAACAGAUUAAUUCAUCAAUGUCAAAUAAAAGCACAGAUAAAAAAUCCUGUGGCGUUCCCGAUAAUUCAGGCGGAGGCCGCGAUGUAAAUCUCGAAGUGAAUAAGCCUAAAGUUGGUGACAGUAAGGAUCAGAACAAGCACCGGAAGAUCGCUUCCCAACAAUCGGGAGUGGAAAGUAUCAGCAACAUUAAAGCGAAUACGAUUGAAGAGAAAACAAUAGACAAUAUUGAAAAACCUGCUCAAGAAAAGUCCUCAGUUGCUGAUAAACAGAACCUAAUUUCAACGGCGAAAACCGUGGAGGAGCCAGAAGGAGAACAUCUAAAGGAUACUGCUUCGAUUAUUGUGAAUAAGGAGGAGACAGAAACAAACAACAAGACAAAGAAAAAUAAAAAGAGAAAAGCCGAGUCUCCAGUAGAAACUGUGCCUAAUAAGGCUCUAAAAAUCGACCCCACAAAUGAAUCUUUGGCAAGCAAGGAAAAUGUAGAAACCGUUUCCCGGGAGCUAGUAAAUCAAGAAAGUGAUCAUAACUCUAAUCUGGCCGAAACAGUGUUGACAGAGAAACGUGCGAAAACCAAAGAAAAUAGAAAAAAAUCAGAUAAGCCGAGAAAAACUGCGUCAUCUAGUAGUCAUCCUCGUGAGAACGAAGACUUAAACAAGGAUCUAAUCAUUUCCGACCGAACCUUGAAAGCCAAUCCAAAAUCUACGAGCACAUUGUCAACUGAACAAACUCCCAAAGCUGGGAAGAGCUCUUCAAGUGAAUUCACCACAGGCAGUUCUGAGGUAUGCCCGAAUCCUGUCGAGUCCAAGGCUGUUGGCUCGACAAAAAGCUCAGAAACUGACGUUAAAAAUGCAAGAUCGAUUGCAGAUACGGCAAAGGAACAAUCGUCCGAACAAAAACAGACUUUCGAAGACCAACAAAAAGAAGCUCCUCCUGAACAAACCUCGGUUUCCGAUACGACUUCCUCAAACCAACAAGGGGAGAAGGUGACGAAAGAAUGGCUCGAAAGCUUUGUUUUGAAUCUAUUCGCACCAGCCAAAGUUGACUCAAGUUCUGUUCUUAUUAUGCUGGAAAAAGCCUUGGAUCCUGAGAAAUUUCAAAAGAUCAAAAAAAUUCUCUGUCCUGAGAAUUCAGGAUCGAGCAGCAAGGAAGACCAAUCUGAUACGAAGAAGCGAGAUGAUGCAGAUGCUAAGAAGCAGGUUACUACAGGGGUUGAGACAAACGUUGUCGGUGGUUCCAAGAAGCAGGCUGCUACCGAAGCCAAGAAGAAGGUUGGUGCCGAGGAGCAGGUUGCUGUUGGUGUCAAAAAGCAGGUUACUACGGGGGUUGAGAAAAGCGUUGCUAGUGGUUCCAAGAAGCAGACUGCUACGGAAACCACAAAGAAGGUUGGUAUUGAGGAGCAGGUUGUCGCUGGUGCCAAGAAGCAGGUUUCUACGAAAGCCAAGGAGAAGUUCCAUACUAGCACUGAGAAGGAGACUCCUGCUGUCGCAAAGAAACAAACCGCGACCACCGAACCGAAAAAUGUGUGCAAAAAGAGGAAAAAUGAAUUAGAUAUGCUCAACGACGAUAUUCAAGAAAUGUUCAUCCGUGAUGGUGUCCUAGCAGCGUGUGGCCGUCGACAUGUCCCUUUACCAAAAAAGAAAAAAAACGAAUUAGACAAACUCAAUGAAGACAUCGACGAUAUGUUCAUUCGUGAUGGAGUCCUGGCAGCCAGUGGUCUCCGAAGCUCGACAGUAGAGGCGAGGACUAAAGGCAAGGAGGCAAGUGACUCGCAAAAAUCUUCUGCAGAUUCCACUUCAGACCCCGUUGAAUCCGCAAAUAUUCCACCAAAGGAAACUGUCCCCCAAGCGCCAAAAAUUAAAACGAUGAAAAUAAAGCGGCGUAGGGAAAGUGUACUCUGGCAUGGGAAUAAGAGACAGAACGCCAUAUCUGCUUUCUUGGAAAGAAUUCAGUCAGAUGAAUGGCAAAUAUAUUCGGACACAGAUGAAGAUGGAGCUAAAAAUCAGGCGAAAAAUAGUAGGUUAGCAGAUAAAUGUUCCGAGAAAGCAAAAGGUAAUGAAUCAACGCAAGGUAGCAAGGAGCCCCUGCAACAGAGCAGACAAAAUUCACAUGAUGACACCGAGCCAUCGCAACAGAAGGCCCAAAGCUGUGAGGAAGGUGAGAGAAUAGAAGAUGGGGAAGAGCUUUUGAAAAUAGUUGUGGGACAUGGAAUUGUAGGAGAACAAGUUGGAGAGUCUAGUGAUUUGUCACCAGCUACGUCAGCAAAGGGCCUCCCAGAUAAAAAUGUAGUCAACGUAAGACCAACAAUGUCCUCAGAACCACUUCAACCAGUGGUUGUGGAGCAUUUGAACACAACUAACGCUGAUUCUGCAAAAGGUGGAGAUACGGACGACGUUAGGACCAGCAUUGCUAACCAAACUGAUUACUACGAUAUAAUUAAACCUUGCGUGGUGCGUCUUGAACACUGCGAUGAAUACCUUUCCGAAGCAAACCUCCUCCGCAGAUCGACUCAAAACGAAUUGAGAAAUAUCAACCCCAAUAUACACGCCCAAAGCGAAUCCAGGCUGAAAUGUGCUUUGUGCAAUUUCACUGGAAUACAAAUCUGUCUCCAUUACGUGACCUCUCAUCCUGGGUCUGAAGUUUUUGUGUCACGCUUGUCACCACAAUGUAAAGAUCAAUUAUUGGCGAAAGAACAACCCUUACCCACGAAAAUAAGGAAGAAAAAUUCCGCGAACACCUUUUACAGCCACACCUGUCCAAUAUGUGUGAAGCAGCUCUCAUUGCGACGUUAUGAUUGGGUGAAUCAUUUUGCCAAUCAUACGGGCGAAUUCCGAUAUAAAUGCUCCAAGUGUCGUUACGUGACAAACACUAAGUUUUCAAUAGAGCGACAUAUUGAUGUUCAAUGUCCCGCGGGGCAUAUGGUGGAGCUACAGUCGCAAAUUGGUUUCGCGAUCCCUGUGUACGGAUAUGUUUGUAAAAUGUGCAACUAUAUACAAAUGGACAACCAAAAGGUGAUUGGGCACUUGCAUUCACAACAUGAUUGCUUCGAAGAAGACAUGGUUGCAGAAGUUGUACUGCUUGACUGUAUCAACGCUGUGGAAGCUGGUCCUUCCACGGCAAGUGUUUCGUCAGCUCCAGCUGAAGCUACUGCGAAAGAGACCCUACGUGGCGAAGAAGUGGAAAAACUAACUUUGGAGACAAACUCGGGAGGUAUCCAGGAUAAAUCAAGGGAAGUUGACUCAUUGGACGAUGGAAAAGCACAACUACCCUCUGAGUUCGCCAAAUGUGGCCCUAAUGACCCAUUAGAAGCUGCACUAUUAGAGCUGACCAGUGAGUCUGGCAGCAGUAACUCCGUUGGUCCUUCAGUGCCGAAGUUAAGCCCACAAAGCAAGAUCAACUUAUCAACUCGAGUAGACCGAAUAGAACUAGAUGCUUCUGACGACGCAGAAAAUGUUGCCAAAGAAACCCCGAUGAGCAAUAGUCUCCAGAUUGAGGAAAACGACGACGAUUUGAUCGUAAUCUCAGACGACGAAGAAGAAAAAAUCAAUACUACUGGAAACGAAUCUAAAAUCAUUAAGAAUGCAGUUGACUGUAAACAGAGGCUUAAAGAGGCAAUCAAAACUAUCGAAAAAGGAGGAGCCCAUACCGCUGGCAGCACAGACGACGAUGAUGAUUGGAUAGACAUUGAAAUUUCAUCGACUAUUGGUGAAUCUGAAAGCAUAACCUGCAUGGACAGUGAACCUCGCACACCUGCACAAACUGAAACGAAAUCUACAUUAGAAACCCCAAAAAUUGUCGCCAGCGAUCUUAAAAAUGACAACGCGGAUCUUUCGAAAUUGGGCGGGAAUGGAGUGCAAAGAGUCGACAACAUUGGAUUUAAACAGAACAGUGUUAAUGGCGUGACAUAUUAUUGCUUGAUCAAAGGAUGCUCUUUUCUUUACUCAUCCAUUCUUGCGGGACUGCAAUAUCAUUUAGACUCUGAACAUAAACAGAUUCAGUGGAGUGGAUUCUGUCAUAUUUGCAACGCUCACGUUAUGGAAAGGAAGAACAUAGGCACAGCCGAAGAGCUUCGUCACAUGCAGGAUGCUCACAUUGAUAAACUCGAUGAUCCAGUGGUAAUUUUCUCUAUUUUAACGGAUAGCAAAUUUGAUCCGCCGGAGGAAGAAGAAUGUAAAUCUCAACUAGAAUAUAUGCCACCACCUCCUACAACCCCGCCCAGCAUAAUUACAACUUCAAGUUCGACUGAAAAGGAAUCUGAAGAAGAAGAACAUAAGCCCAAACUGAGGUUCCGCCGAUUGUCAGGUGACUUAUUGUCAGGAGCUUCACAAUUAUCCAACGAGAAUUCGUCACCGUUACCCUUUCAAAUUACUCGGGUAAUCUCGCUAAAUAGGGCAUCUGAUAUCUGUGAAAUAUCGAUCCAGCAAUCUGACAGGAGCACGGAAGUCCCAAGCUUACCAGUGGUUUCAAGCAACGUGUCAGUUGAUCCAAAGUUGAGUCACAUCCAGUCUAGUGUAGUUACCACACCAACUGCAUUGGAAGGCCAAGAUGUGAAGUAUUUCGGUGACAGUACUGCGGUAUCAUCCCCUAGUAUGAACAUUGCAGGGACAUCCAAUACUGGAGAGCCAUCGUUCUUAGUGCCACUGGACAUCCCGAGCUCUUCCUUGAAACCGAAUAUCGUUCAAUCUGAAAAAUACAUCGGAACAUCGAAAUCUACGAGCGUGAGCCAUACUACCACGUCAUAUACUGGUAUGAAUGCGGUAGGAAUGUCAAACAUUGGGAAGACCACAAAGAAUAUCCUGGAAUCUUCUUUGAAACCUUCUUCAAACUCUAAUAGCGUUCAAUCCGCUGAAUGCAUCGGCAAAUUGAAAACUGCAAACGUGAGCAACGUUGAGAUAUCAUUCGGUGAUAUGAACGCUCCAGGAAAAUCCAACGCUGGGAAGCCGAAACCUCUGAUGCUGCAGAAUAUCCUGGAAUCUUCUUUAAAGCCGUCUAGCUUUAGUAGCGUUGCAUCUGCAAAAAACAUCGGAAUAUCGAAAACUGCGAGUGCCAGCAACGCUGUGAUAUCAUUUGCUAGCACGCAUGUUACAGAGACGUCCAAUACUACGAAGACAGCAUCCUUGGCGCCUCAGAACAGCCUGGACCCUUCCUUGAAACCAUCUUCUAACAUUAGUAGCGUUGGAACAUUGAAAACCGCGAAUGUAAGUAACCCUGGGACAUCAUUCUUCAGCAGGAAAGUUGCAGGAACAUCCAUUACUAUGCAACCUGCAUCCCUGGUGCCCAAGAACACUCUGGGAUCUUCCUUGAAGCCAUCUUCUACUUCCAGCGUUGAAUCCCAAAGAUGCAUUGGAACGUUGAAAUCCCCGAACGCGAACAACACUGUGAUAUCAUUCGCUAAUAAGAACGUUACAACAACAUCCCUUAUGUCACCAAGCAACCUGGACGCUUCCUUGAAGCCAUCCUCUAGCUCUGACAGUGUUAAUUCCGGGAGAUGCAUUGAAACUUUAAAGGAGAUGAACGUGAAGAGUAUUGCUGACAACACUUCAAAACCAUGCGUAGGUAAAAAUGUUGCAGGGACUUCCAACACUAAGAAGAAAGCAUCCUUUGUGCUGAAGUCCUUGAAGCCAUGGGCUCGCUUUAGUUCUAUAAAACCCGUGAGGUGCAUGGACGUACAACUGCAAGAUAAAAGUCUCUGCGCUUUAUAUAAAUGUUUGGGAAUCAACUGUGAUUACGUUGCAAACCAUCACAGUGAUUUUGUACGCCACUUGGAGGGGCAUCCACAACGCGUCAAUGAAAAAUGGAGAGAAUGCUGCUAUUGCGACGCUGUAAUGUUAGAUGCAGUGGGUUUAAUGAGACAUAUUACAACUGAGCAUGCAAACGAUAUUUAUCAAUGUGCAUAUUGUUUUUAUCGAUCGUGUUCAGACCACAAUGUCGUUGAGCAUCAGAAACUGUAUCAUUACCAGAAAGAAAUAAAAGUUUUCUUACUGCCGGGAUUGAAGCUGAAUAAAAUAAACGCACUUAGGCUUGCAACGGAAAACGUUAAAAAAUAUGUAGCCGCCAUUCGUUGUCAAGAUUGCCCGAAGGAGUUUUUGUCCAUUUCGGAGUUUCUAUCGCAUCUUUCCGUGCACGCAGUUGGGAACAAGACUGUGUAUAAUUGCUUUUACUGCAAGUCAUCCGAAAACAAAGUGUCUAUAUCGAGUGCCGCCAACCAUCUAGCAGUUCGCCAUGGCAUAUUCCAAUUUCAUUGCGUUUACUGCACGUUUGCAUCAAAGGAUCGAAACACUCUCCAGCGUCAUAUGGUCGAUAGUCAUCCUUCGAAAUUCCCAUUCUGCUACCUGCGAAUGGGAAAGUCUGAAGUUCUGAUAGCGGGUGACAUUCGUUAUAAGAUUGACCUAGAAAAAAGGAUAGUGGACAUGAGCAAAGUGGUCGAUGAGAAGUAUAUUCACUGGUGCCCGUUCUCCCAGGCCGAGUUGAAUUCUUUAGGAGUGCAAAAAAAGUAAAUGAGCGGCUUUAUAGCGGAGACAGGAGAAAUAGCCGGCAUUUUCGGCCCCUAAAUAUAUCUAUAAAGCAUAGACUGAAUGAACGUUACCCCAAAGGAGUCCUUUCAAUCACAUUCCGCAAAGUACUUACUCGCCCAAGAAAGUUUACGUUGUAAGUUCCCAGCUCCCAGUAAGACAUAAGCAUCUGAGGAUAGACGCAAAGUUAUCACUAAGUUUCCAUGCUUGAAAGUGAAGAGAACCUUCAACUGUAUGAAUUUUAAGGAUUUCGUGAACUCGUAAAUGUAACAGUAAACAACGUAGUUUGUGCAUCAUAAACUAUGUAAUUGUAAAUUUCAGUUAAUAUGAAAAGUAUCAUGAGAUACUGUAAGGCUACAAUUUAUCAAUUAAAACGCUUUUAAUUAGCAGUAAGAAUUUUGUACCUAGAAUAAGUGUCCUUGAUUGAAGGGAAAUUCACAAGGAUUUAGUUAUCCGUGUUUACUGUUGUGAACUAUGCUUUGCUCAGAAAAUGGUAAUAAAAUUACCUUCAUUUCAACUGAACAAAUUGUUUUAUCUAUUCUACGAAAACUCAGACAGGACCCCAAAAAUCACACCAAUAUGACGUUAAUGUCGAAGUUACUCCACUUUCAAAGGAUACACAAUGUUCCUCCACUCUCCGUAGGGCCCCCAGACUGGAUUUUCUCAUGUUCCCCACAUCUUAGGGCCACUAUCUCUGCAUUUCCUGAAUCUGGGCCGCCUCUCCGUUCGAACGAGACACGGCUCGCCGAAAUCCGACGAUUUUGCAUUUUCAGCCAUUUUUACGACCCGGGGGUCGUGGAAAUUUUCAAUUUUCUUCGAUUUUCACCAGGCCUUCCGUGAUAUCUUCCGUUCCCGACGUCGUAGUGUGAAAAUUCUUGCAUUUCCUGAAUCUGGGCCGCCUCCCCGUUCGAACGAGACACGGCUCACCGAAAUCCGACGGUUUUGCAUUUCCAGGCAGUUUUAUGACCCGGGGGUCGUGGAAAUUUUCAAUUUUCUUCGAUUUUCACCAGACCCUCCGUCGCUGGAUUUUCCCAGAUAUCGUGCGUUCGCGACAUCGUAGCGUGAAAAUUCUUGCGUUUCCUGA